AAAACGAGAACUUGAUACUUUCUAGUGAGGAAAAUUCUGAUACUGAUAAUUCCGAAGGUUUUGGUAACAAAGUCAAUGCUCACGGCGUUACUUAGACUUUUGAAAGUCAUGUGACGAUUCAUUCUUAUAAAGAAUCAAAAUUCAAACCACGGCUUUACAUGCAAAAUGUUCAAAAUGCCUCGCAAAAUGCCAAAGAAAUUGACUAUUGGAUGUUGUUCUUUCCGUCAGAGGACAUUGAUUUGAUUCUGCAAUGUACAAACGCUAACCUAAGAGAUAAAAGAAAAAUAAUUACAAAAGGAGAAUUUUACAAGACAAUAGGAAUUAUGUAUGCAAUGACAGUGAACGUGUUACAUUCGAGAAGAGACUAUUGGUCAACGCAGGAUAAUUUAUUUCCGGCUCCAGCGUUUGGAAAAAGAUUUGGUCAAGGCUACCAUCGAUUUGAGGAAAUUCUUAAUAGCAUGGCCUUCUCAAUACCCGCUCAUGAAAAUAAUGACAAGUGGAAACUUGUACGGCCAUUCAUCGAAAUGACAGUGUCCAAAUGUCGGGAUGUAUUUUCUCCUGGAUAUAAAAUUACGGUCGAUGAAUCAAUGUUUGCGUGGUAUGGAAAAGGCUUACAUGGCACAAAAGAAGGAGGCAUGCCUGCAGUCAUAAAAAUUAAACGAAAACCAAAAGGCGUGGGUUGUGAAUGCAAAACAUUGGCAGACGUGCAAACAGGAAUUAUGAUCGGGAUUGAGAUAAAUGAAGGCAAGGAGGUAAUGAAAGACAAAUUAUGGCAAAAAGAGUUUGGGGCUGGAACUGCGACAACUUUGCGAUUAACGCAACCUUGGUUUGGAACAGGUAGGAUCGUAGUCGGAGACUCGUGGUUCGCUUCGGUGAAAACUGCCAUUGAGCUACGGAAACAAGGCCUUUACUUUCUUGGGAUCGUUAAAACGGCAACGAAAAUGUAUCCAAUGACGGAAGCAAAAGCACGUUGUCCAAAAAAAUCUGGAAAGAAAGCUGUAGCGACUGCGACAGUAAAUGGCACUGAUUUAACUUGUGUCGCAUGGAAAGAUAAAAAAGUCUUCACAUUUAUUGGAUCUUGCGGCACAACUUUAAAUGGCGAGCCAGCGAAAAAGAAUCGAAUAGAUGCUGAUGGAAAUGUUGCUAUAAAAAUUGUCCCAAGGCCGAAAAUCGUAGAAGAAUAUUUCGAUGGAGCGCCCGCUAUAGAUAUCCACAAUCAUAUUCGGCAAAGCGGACUGGCCCUCGAAAACUCCUGGAGCACGCAACAGUGGCAUCACAGGAUGUUUGCCAGUCUUUUUGGGAUUAUUGAAGCUAAUGCGUAUUUAGCUUUCAAAUUUUUUAAAAAGGAGAAGAGCUUAAAGCAUUCCACUUUUGUAGAAGCUCUUUCUCAGCAACUAUUUAAUAAUCAAUGGGUAGUAGAAGAACAAGCGAAAGUUGUUGUUAACGAAGCUGAUACGAGUUUAAGAGACAAUCACACACUCGUCCAACUUAGCAUAGGCGAUGAUCGUCAAAGAGUCCAAAGACGAUGUAGAAUUUGCAGUCGAGUUUUUAAUAGAGUGCAGAAAAGUAGUUAUAGGUGUUCUGGAUGCGGAGAUAAUGCAAUAAUAUGUUCACCGACAACCGGGCGAACAUGCUUUUCGUAUCACAUAAUUCACGGAAUACCAAAUUAA